AUCCAUACACUGUAUUCUCCGCCACCAUCAAUUAUUCUGGUGUUGGAUCCAGUAUUUCAGUUUUCAAUUUCACUUGUCGAGCACAUUUCAACGAUGAGUUCGAUGGACCGCUUCAUUGUUCAGCGCGAGAUCGCGUCGGUCGCGUCCGGCAAGGUGCUUCUCUGCACCGACAAGAUGACGCAGAAGGACGUCGUUGUCAAGCGCAUUCGCCACACGUCGGGCCCCGAGAAGGCGAUUCACCGCCACUUGAGCAAGCUCGGCGGCCACGAGCAUGUGCUCCAGCUCCUCGGCGACUUUACCGAGGCUGGCUACGACCACUUUGUGCUCGAACACUGCCCGAAGGGCGAGCUCUUUGACCUUGUCUCGCGCGCUUCGCGUCUCGAAGCGCCGAUCGCGCUCCACUACUUUGAGCAAAUCGUCGCCGGCGUCGCGUUCAUCCACCGUCGCGGCUACGCGCACAUGGACCUCUCGCUCGAGAACGUGCUUGUCGACGCGCAGGGCGCCAUGAAGGUCAUCGACUUUGGCCUCGCGGUCGCCAUCGACCGCCCGCAGCGCAACGCGGUCGGCAAGUACUUUUACAUGGCGCCGGAAAUGUUCACGGGCGCCACCUACGACGCCGCAGCGGCCGACAUCUGGUCGCUCGGCAUCAUGCUAUUCAUCAUGCUCACGGGCAACCCGCCGUUCUCGCAGGCUGUGCCCUCGGACGCGGUCUUUGAGUAUGUCGCCAACUAUGGUCUGCGCGCGAUUGCGACAUCGUGGAAGGUCGACCACUUGAUCCCGGCCGCGACCAUGGACCUCCUCGAACAAAUGCUCUCGAUCGACCCGGCGGGCCGCCCGCGCAUCGACGACAUCCUUGCGGCGGUCACGCCCGUCGUCGAGACCAAGCCGCACAAGGCGGAGAAGGCGGCCAAGCACAACCACGUCCGCGCGUUCCUUAAGAACGUCUUUUCGCACUCGUCCAAGAAGGUGGCCGUGUGGCAAUGAGCUGCGCGCCUUUUAGGAUUCUUAUUUAUCGAGCAUUAGUCUUAUUCUAGUUAUUAUCUAUCCAUCGAAUUGUUUUCAAGUACAUGAAUGGUGUUGUC